CGGCGGCGUCGUCUUUGUCUCCUUUUUCGGGCGGUUCCCGUUGCCGCCACUCCAGGCAGCGAAAUUUUUUACCUCAGGAGUGUCCGCCCUGACGACAGGGCAGUGCGCCUGCGCAGAAGGGUUUGGCGGCGGCUGCCUGCGCCUGUGCAUCAAGGCUCGGCGGCGGCCUGCGCCUGCGCGGCGCGGCGCUGCGGAGACCGUUGGCUCAUUUGCAUGUCCCCGCCUCGCGCGGUGGCGGCGGCGGGUCAGAGAAACAUGGCAGCAAGGAGAAUUGCACAGGAGACUUUUGAUGCUGUAUUGCAGGAAAAGGCUAACCGAUAUCAUAUGGACCCCAGUGGUGAGGCUGUAGGCGAAGCUCUUCAGUUUAAAGCUCAAGAUCUUCUAAGGACAGUCCCAAGAGCCAGAGCAGAUAUGUAUGAUGACAUUCAUAGCAACAGCAGAUACACUCUGGGCGGAUCUGUAGUUCAUCCUCAAGACACUGGGAGAGAAGGCCUGAGAGGUGAUAUAUUUCCAGGACCUUCCUUCAGAUCAAGCAACCCUUCUGUAAGUGACGACAGCUACUUUCGCAAAGAAUGUGGUCGGGACCUGGAAUUUUCCCACCCUGACUCCCGAGACCAGGUCUUCGGCCACCGGAAAUUGGGACAUUUCCGUUCUCAGGACUGGAAAUUUGCACUCCGUGGCUCUUGGGAACAAGACUUUGGCCAUUCAGUUUCUCAAGAAUCCUCCUGGUCACAGGAGUAUAGUUUUGGUCCUUCUGCAUUACUGGGGGACUUUGGCUCCUCCAGGCUGAUUGAGAAAGAGUGUUUGGAGAAAGAGAGUCGGGAUUACGACGUGGACCGUCCAGGAGAGGCAGACACUGUGCUCCGGGGCAGCAGCCAAGUCCAGGGCAGAGGCCGAGGUCUAAACAUCGUUGACCAGGAGGGUGCCCUCCUAGGAAAGGGGGAGACUCAAGGCCUGCUCACACCUAAAGGAGGGGUCGGGAAACUUGUCAUGCUGAGAAAUGUGAGCACAAAACAGGUGCCCACUGUAAGUUGUAUCACUCCCAAAACUCAGGGCACUGACCAAAUUCAGAAGACCACCCCAAGUCCUGAUCUGACCCUGGGGACAAACCCAGGGACGGAAGACGUCCAAUUCCCCACUCAGAAAAUCCCUUUGGGGCUUAAUCUGAAGGAUAUUCGGCUCCCCAGAAGAAAGAUGAGCUUCGAUCUGAUAGAUAAGUCUGAUGUUUUUUCGAGGUUUGGGAUAGAAAUAAUCAAAUGGGCAGGAUUCCACACCAUAAAAGAUGAUGUUAAAUUUUCCCAGCUUUUCCAGACUCUCUUUGAACUUGAAACCGAAACCUGUGCUAAAACGCUCGCCUCAUUCAAAUGCUCCUUAAAACCAGAGCACAGAGAUUUUUGCUUUUUUACUAUCAAAUUUUUAAAGCACUCUGCUUUGAAAACACCCAGAGUUGAUAACGAGUUUUUAAACAUGCUUUUAGACAAAGGUGCUGUGAAGACCAAAAAUUGCUUUUUUGAAAUCAUAAAGCCCUUUGAUAAAUACAUAAUGAGACUACAAGACCGGCUGCUGAAGAGUGUCACACCCCUGCUCAUGGCCUGCAAUGCCUACGAGCUGAGUGUCAAGAUGAAGACCCUCAGUAACCCCCUGGACUUGGCUAUUGCCCUGGAGACCACCAAUUCUCUCUGCCGGAAGUCUUUAGCUCUUUUGGGACAGACGUUCUCCUUGGCCUCUUCUUUCCGGCAAGAGAAAAUCUUAGAAGCCGUCGGCCUCCAAGAUAUAGCUCCCUCUCCUGCCGCAUUUCCAAACUUUGAGGACUCUACUCUGUUUGGGAGAGAGUACAUCGAUCACCUGAAGGCCUGGCUGGUCAGCAGUGGGUGUCCACUCCAGGUCAAGAAAGCCGAACCCGAGCCAACCCGAGAUCAGGAGAAAACGGUUCCUCCUACCAAACCUGAAAUUCAGGCUAAGGCUCUGAGUGGUCUGAGUGAUGAGGUCCCCCAGCGAGCAGACCACAAGGUGGUGGACACCAUUGACCAGCUGGUCACACGUGUUGUUGGAGGCAGCCUGUCUCCCAAAGAAAGAGCUCUUCUCAAGGAGGACCCUGCUUACUGGUUUUUAUCUGAUGACAGUAGUCUGGAGUAUAAAUAUUAUAAGCUGAAGCUGGCAGAAAUGCAGCGGAUGAGCCAGAACUUGCCAGGAGCAGAUCAGAAGCCGAUGGCGGCAGAGUGUGCAGUCCGGGCCAUGCUAUAUUCCCGGGCGGUCCGGAGCCUCAAGAAGAGGCUCCUACCAGGGCGGCGGCGGGGGCUACUUCGAGCUCAAGGACUCCGGGGCUGUAAAGUGAGGAGAGCGACCACCGGGACCCAGACCCUCCUCUCCUCAGGCACCAGGCUGAAACACCAUGGCCGGCAGGCUCCAGGCUCCUUGCAGGGAAAGCCGCCCCAACCAGAUGGAAAUGAUGCUGCCAAGGACUGCCCGCCAGACCCAGCCGGACCCUCUCCUCGGGACCCCAGCCCAGAAGCCUCAGGCCCAUCCCGCAAGCCAGCAGGAGUGGAUGUCUCCGAAGCCCCUCAGACCUCUUCUCCCUGCCUGUCUACUGAUGUUGAUACGAAGACAAUGGAGACUGCAGAGAAACUGGCCAAAUUUGUUGCUCAGGUGGGACCAGAGAUUGAACAAUUCAGCAUAGAAAACAGCAUUGACAACCCUGACCUUUGGUUUCUACAUGACCAAAACAGUUCAGCUUUCAAAUUCUAUCGAAAGAAAGUAUUUGAACUGUGCCCAUCGAUUUGCUUUACGUCAUCUCCGCUGAACCUUCCUGCCAGCAAGAGCGCCGAUUCUCAGGAGAGCCCCCUGGAGCCCAUGGAGGGGGAAGGAGAGUUUGAGGAUGAGCCCUCUCAGCGCAAGGCUGAGCUGGAGAGCCCAGAGGUGAUGCCUGAGGAAGACGAGGACGAGGAGGAGGAUGAGGAGGACGAGGAAGGGAGUGAGGAGGCCCCCACUCCUGGAGGGGCCUCCAGGCCAGCAGGAGGGUCGACCAAGUCUGAGGGCUCGGAGGGCAGCCCCCCAGCUGAUGGCCUCCUGAGUGGGGUGGCCGAGGAUGGCCCGGCUGGUGCGCCUGCCCUGUCACAGUCCUCUUCAGGGGCCUGCUUCCCCCGGAAGAGAGUCAGCAGCAAGUCGCUGAAGGUCGGCAUGAUUCCGGCUCCCAAGAGGCUGUGUCUCAUCCAGGAGCCCAAAGUUCACGAACCAGUUCGAAUUGCCUAUGACAGGCCUCGGGGUCGUCCCGUGACCAAGAAGAAGAAACCCCAGGACUUUGAUUUCGCCCAGCAGAAACUGACCGACAAGAACCUGGGGUUCCAGAUGCUACAGAAGAUGGGCUGGAAGGAGGGCCACGGCCUGGGCUCCUGUGGGAAGGGCAUCAGGGAGCCCGUCAGUGUGGGAACUGCCUCGGAAGGGGAGGGGUUGGGUGCCGACGGGCAGGAGCACAAAGAAGACACGUUUGACGUGUUCCGUCAGAGGAUGAUGCAGAUGUACAGACACAAACGGGCCAACAAAUAGGUACGUAUGUGAGCUAGUGUGGGGGACAUUCUGCCUAAGCUGAUGUUCUGGUACACAGAGAAGCUUCCUCCAGAAAAGUUAGUGUGCCCCACUCCUCAAAACCCAAACAUCAAAAUAUCACUCCCCCCAAAAGAUCAUAAAAUUUUGUGAGGGAAACAAAAGGAGUUUGGAUGUGGAUGUGUCCCACCUGUCACCUUCCAGGCUGAAGGAACGAGCCCCAUGCUCGCCAAGCGCCACUGCACGCAGCCCAUGGUGCGGCCUCUGCACUGGGCUCCCAGGUGCGACUGUACGUGGCCAUCUUGUGGAAACAAGCCACCACGGGAGUGGCCUGGUGUCUUACGAGUGUAAGGGUGACCUGGAAGCUGGUGCUGCAGAGGAUGCCACUCUGCCUCAUCCCUUUCUGAGGGUCUUCAAAUCCUUUUCCUUCUGAGGGGCCUUUGGCCUAUAAAUAUCCUAUCUUUCUCCUAUCUUUCUCCUCACCUCUCAGUUUUGAACAAAAUCGUUCUCUCCCUGAAUAGAUGAAAACCAUUGGUGAGAAAGAUAAGGCUUGAAGCAGCAAUUACUCUUAAAACGCCACCUCUGUCCCGGAUCUGCCCUGGAACCAGUGCCCAAGUAGGUUUGGUGUGUACACGAAAAACAAACAUCUCUGCAGUUUCUGGUGCGGAGGUUCCACCCGCUGGCUUUUCUUUUUCUUAAAAAAAGAACGCACCAUUUCCAAUCUGCUUUUGCCUUUCACCCUCUUCCAAAUGCUUUUGGCAGCAAGUCUUCUCCAAGUCUCCCCUGGUUCCGCUCAGAAGGUGGGGCUGCCCUUGAAAGCACCAGCACCCUUUAAGUGCUCAGGAACCAGCUCCUGUCGGUUUUUCUGUCCUGGGACACAUUGCUCUCUAAAAGUGAUCUGCUUGCAAACUUGAUACCGAAACAGUCACAGAUCAUAUCUUCUCAAAUUUAAAUAGGGAAUAUAAAUCAGUAAUAAUGAGGUCUGUGCUUUGGUACCACAGCUGUCGGCUGGAGUGCUGAAGCUCUUUAAACAAGUGGAGGUACUGGAUUCGAUGAACGUGUUAUUUAUGGAGUCUCAUCUCUUAAAUGCAUCCCAAGAGACUUGACGAAAUUUCAGCAAUGUAUUCAGCAGCUGUAUUCAGGGGGGAGUAAUCAUUACACCGAUGAAACUUUCCCCAAAUUUACGUGUCUCUUAGAAUCCACAAAGCAAACUAGUUUUUUUUUCUUAAACCACAUAUGGAGUCUCUCCUACAAAGGGGUGGGAGGUGUAAACUCUUCAAGACUCUUCAUAUUUUGCAUGUGUGGCAGUGUAAAGAAUUGUUUUAUUAGGGCCUUUGUACAGAGCAGAAAGGAUCCUCUUGGGGUGGGCUCUGCAGCUGUUUGCUAUUUCAAGGCGUAUGAUUGCCGCCCCUUCCAGCUUCUCGCACUCUGCCUCUUGCAACUACAUGCGAAAUUCUCAGGCUGUGGGAAUCUCUCAGCCCUUCCUCACAAAGCAGCAGUGUUGAAGUUUUAAAUACAUGCUAAAAUCUGGAAAACAGGAUCCUGCUGAUACUAUAAGCUUGGGGGACACAGCAGUGAGUUACCCUGUCAGCCACUUGUAUUGGCUGUUAUGAAAUCCUUGCUUUCUCAAAGCCCGAGACCUCCUGGGCUGUAGUCCCAGGCUCCUCUGGAUCUGUCUUGUCUGUCUGGCCCACGCUCACCAGCACAGCGUCACGGGCCUGUGCCAGCAUCUCACGUGCCCGCCUGAUGUUGCCCUUCUUCAUGCCACGGGUAGUCCCCAGGGCCCUGCUUGCUUCUGGUCACUUUUGUUGCUUUGGCAACUGGCAGAUCUUUAUGGCCACGGACAUGCUGGAGGUUCUUCAGCAGAGUUGAAAUAGCCUGCAGGGGUGGUGUGGUUUGGGGGAACCACAGCUAUGGGUUUUUUUUCUAAUCUUUCCAACAGCCUUCCAUGUUGGCUGGGGAUCAGGUAAAGGGAUAGAACUCUGAGAACAGGGCCUUGAUCCCGCAUGGCCUUUCACAGAGCACCCUUUGGUGCUGAGUGAGGUGUGCACCCCCCAGCAUGGGUCCUGGCUCUUUUUUCAAGCAUCAUAUUCGCUUUGUCCUAGUAUACUCAUUCUUGGCUUUCCUUUGCUUUUAUUUAUAAGUAAAAUACUUUAGGAAUUCCCAGGUUUUGAGCCCUGUUCCCACAGCCUCCGGCCACUCCUCCUCCUGGGGGUGUCCUGCUUUGAGCUGACACUGUGAGCCUUUGGCAGUCGUCAAAGGGAGCACCUACUUCUUGAGCCUGGAAAGUCCUGUAAGCACUCAGGUGGCGCUUCUGUGGAGUUGGCAUUGAGGCAGUGAAGGUGUUGCGUGGGCCGGGGAGGAGCGUGGUGGUGCGUCCCUGUGCCAGCUGUCGGCUGGGGACCAGCGUGCUGGCCCUCUGUGCCCGCCCUUGCCCUCUCCAGCAGAGGCCACUCUGCGGAGAGCACGUGUGAGAGCAAGUGUGAUGUGCGGUUGCAUAGCCUUGUCAAAGUCACAGUGUCUUUUCUGUCAUUCUAGUUCCAGGGUCUCUUCCAUGAGGACGACAGGCAUCCGGAAAGUGCUAACUCACCACUUUGGGUGCUUACUGUCUCUGCCUUGUUUCCAUCACUGGAAAUCAUAUAGAGAAAUUUAGCGUUUUUGGUCCUUGGUAAAACCUAGAAGACGUUUGUGAUGUUACAAAAUGGAAGCUUUGGGUUUUGUUUCUUUUUUUUUAAUCUAAGAAGUUGUGAAUGUUGUUAAUCAUUUAGCAGUUGAAAUAAAUGUAGAGGAAACCUAA